GUUCCAGGCAACCAUUCCACCCUCCCCUUUGAAAACCAAACCUCCAUCCUUCCUUGCAGAGAUUCUCCUCUUGCCCGCCUCCCCUCAAAUACCUCUCCUCAGCUGAUUGGUUUAGCCCACUGUAUUUUCUAAAAAUCCCUUCGCUCUGCUCCUCCCUCUUCUCUCAUCCCCAGGGCUGCUUUGUGUCUGCCCCAUUCUUCUGCAGCCAGCUGCCUGUCUCAAGUUGUGCCUUAAUCUACAGGGCUUUCAUCUGCCCCCCCAGCAUCUCCUUCAAGGAGCUCUUUGGUUCUCCACAACUCUCCUGUAGCUUUUCUCCAGGCGUGACUCCCACCACAAUGGUGAGAUUGUCCAAACCCAAAACUUUUCAGGCCUAUCUGGACAACUGUCACCGUCGCUACAGUUGUGUGCAUUGCCGGGCCCACCUGGCCAAUCACGACGACCUCAUCUCCAAGUCUUUUCAAGGAAGCCAAGGACGGGCCUACCUCUUCAACUCUGUAGUGAAUGUUGGAUGUGGCCCAGCAGAGGAACGUGUUUUGCUGACGGGCCUGCAUGCUGUAGCUGAUAUAUACUGUGAAAACUGCAAGACCACCCUUGGAUGGAAAUAUGAACAGGCCUUUGAGACUAGCCAGAAAUACAAGGAGGGCAAAUUCAUAAUUGAAUUGAACCACAUGAUUAAGGACAAUGGCUGGGAUUGAAAGACAACCAGCAUCUUUGGACAACUGUAUGUAGGGGGUGGAGCCUAAGAAAUGUCAAAUUUCCACCAAACCUACUUCUACCUUCUCAACCAUUGGAUUGCCAUCCCAGGCACCUCCAGGGGCACCUGAGUUGUGAAGGAGGAGGUGGUGCUCCUGCCAGAGACACAUACGCACAGCUCAGACAUGUUAACUUCCUGUGGCAAAAGGUGGAAGCUCCGGAACACCUUUAGGUCAGGGACUGUGUGCAAGCAGGACUACGGCUGGCUCUGUUGUCCAGAGAGUCUGUAUUAAGAGAAAUACGGAGGGGAAAUGUACACUGUGAGGGGGAAGGGAAAUGUUAGGCGUGUACAGUACUUGUGUGUGUGUGUGUAUGUAUUAUAUAAAUAAAAGUAUUGAAGUGA